GGAGGGAAGGAGGGAAGGAGGGAGGGGCCGCGGAGAGCGGGAGGGAGGAGCCGCGGGAGCCGCGCCGCCGCCGCGCUGCGAUGUGGCCGGCCGGCCGGCGUGUAAACAGAGGGAGCAGCAGCGGCCGCGGCCGCCCCGGCCCGGGGCAGUGAGCACGCCCGCCGAGACCUGCCCGCCGCUGCCAUGGCCGAAGUGCGCAAAUUCACCAAGCGGCUCAGCAAGCCGGGCACGGCGGCCGAGCUCCGGCAGAGCGUGUCGGAGGCCGUGCGGGGCUCUGUGGUGCUGGAAAAGACCAAAGUUGUUGAGCCCUUGGACUAUGAGAAUGUUAUCGCCCAAAGAAAAACCCAGAUUUAUAGUGACCCCCUCAGAGACCUGCUUAUGUUUCCAAUGGAAGAUAUAUCUAUCUCAGUGAUAAGUCGUCAGCGCAGAACAGUGCAGUCCACUGUACCUGAAGAUGGUGAGAAGAGGGCCCAGAGUUUGUUUGUCAAAGAGUGUAUUAAAACCUAUAGCACAGAUUGGCACGUGGUAAACUACAAGUAUGAAGACUUCUCUGGGGACUUUCGAAUGUUGCCAUGCAAAUCUCUGAGACCAGAAAAGAUUCCCAAUCACAUAUUUGAGAUUGAUGAGGACUGUGAGAAGGAUGAGGAUUCGUCUUCUUUAUGUUCUCAGAAGGGUGGUGUGAUAAAACAAGGCUGGUUGCACAAAGCCAAUGUCAAUAGCACCAUCACAGUUACCAUGAAGGUAUUCAAGAGACGAUAUUUUUACUUAACUCAGCUUCCUGAUGGUUCAUAUAUUCUCAAUUCCUAUAAAGACGAGAAAAAUUCAAAAGAAUCUAAAGGUUGCAUCUACUUGGACGCCUGCAUUGACGUUGUUCAGUGCCCCAAAAUGCGCCGUCAUGCUUUUGAACUCAAGAUGUUAGAUAAGUAUAGCCAUUAUCUGGCUGCUGAAACCGAGCAGGAAAUGGAGGAAUGGUUGAUAACUUUGAAAAAGAUUAUUCAGAUCAAUACCGACAGUUUAGUUCAAGAGAAAAAGGAGACGGUAGAAACAGCACAAGAUGAUGAAACUAGCAGCCAAGGAAAAGCCGAGAACAUCAUGGCCAGUUUGGAAAGGAGCAUGCAUCCGGAACUGAUGAAGUAUGGAAGAGAAACUGAACAGCUAAACAAGCUCAGUAGAGGAGAUGGAAGACAGAAUCUCUUUUCUUUUGAUUCGGAAGUUCAGAGGUUGGACUUUUCAGGAAUUGAACCAGAUAUAAAGCCAUUUGAGGAAAAGUGCAAUAAACGUUUCCUGGUCAAGUGCCAUGAUUUAACUUUCAAUAUCUUGGGUCAAAUUGGAGACAAUGCAAAAGGGCCACCCACAAACGUUGAACCCUUUUUUAUCAAUCUUGCCUUAUUUGAUGUAAAGAACAAUUGUAAGAUUUCAGCUGACUUCCACGUAGACCUGAAUCCCCCGUCUGUCCGUGAAAUGCUGUGGGGCCCUUCAACCCAGCUGGCCAGUGAUGGAAAUGCCAGAGGCUCUUCCCCCGAGUCUUUCAUUCAUGGAAUUGCUGAAUCUCAGUUGCGCUACAUAAAGCAGGGAAUUUUCUCCGUGACAAAUCCACAUUCUGAAAUUUUCCUAGUCGCGAGGAUUGAAAAGGUUCUCCAGGGGAACAUCACGCACUGCGCAGAGCCUUACAUCAAAAAUUCUGACCCGGCAAAGACAGCCCAGAAGGUGCACAGGACAGCUAAGCAAGUGUGUAGCCGCCUUGGACAAUACAGAAUGCCUUUUGCUUGGGCUGCCAGACCCAUUUUCAAAGAUAUUCAAGGCUCUCUUGACCUGGAUGGGAGAUUUUCUCCUUUGUAUAAACAAGACAGUAGCAAGCUUUCAAAUGAAGACAUUCUCAAAUUGCUCUCGGAAUACAAGAAGCCAGAGAAGACCAAAUUGCAGAUUAUUCCUGGGCAGCUAAACAUCACAGUAGAAUGCGUUCCUGUGGAUUUAUCAAAUUGUAUUACUUCUUCAUACGUGCCCCUGAAGCCUUUUGAAAAGAGUUGUCAAAAUAUUACUGUGGAAGUUGAAGAGUUUGUUCCAGAGAUGACAAAAUACUGUUAUCCAUUUACUAUUUACAAAAACCAUCUGUAUGUAUAUCCCUUGCAGUUAAAAUAUGAUAGCCAGAAAACAUUUGCCAAGGCCAGGAACAUUGCGGUCUGUGUGGAAUUCCGGGAUUCAGAUGAAAGUGAUGCUAGCGCUCUAAAGUGUAUUUAUGGAAAACCCACGGGAUCUGUUUUUACCACAAAUGCUUAUGCUGUUGUCUCACAUCACAACCAAAAUCCAGAGUUCUAUGAUGAGAUUAAAAUUGAGCUUCCCAUUCACCUGCAUCAGAAACAUCAUUUGCUUUUCACUUUUUAUCAUGUAAGUUGUGAAAUUAACACAAAGGGAACAACCAAAAAGCAGGACACAGUUGAAACCCCAGUUGGCUUUGCCUGGGUACCUUUGCUGAAGGAUGGUAGAAUCAUCACAUUUGAGCAGCAGCUGCCAGUUUCCGCCAAUCUUCCCCCAGGCUACCUGAAUCUGAAUGAUGCAGAAUCCAGAAGGCAGUCUAAUGUGGAUAUUAAGUGGGUAGAUGGUGCCAAGCCUUUGUUGAAGAUUAAAAGCCACUUAGAGUCUACCAUUUACACUCAAGAUCUACAUGUGCACAAAUUCUUCCACCACUGCCAGCUGAUUCAGUCAGGCUCGAAAGAAGUUCCGGGGGAGCUCAUCAAAUAUUUAAAGUGUUUGCAUGCCAUGGAGAUCCAAGUCAUGAUACAGUUUCUACCUGUAAUUCUUAUGCAACUCUUCCGAGUUCUCACAAAUAUGACCCAUGAAGAUGACGUUCCUAUCAACUGCACCAUGGUUCUCUUACAUAUCGUAUCCAAGUGCCAUGAAGAAGGCUUGGAUAAUUAUUUAAGAUCCUUCAUAAAGUAUAGCUUCCGACCUGAAAAACCGAGUGCUCCUCAGGCCCAGCUAAUACAUGAGACUCUGGCUACCACGAUGAUAGUGAUAUUGAAGCAGUCCGCAGACUUUUUAGCAAUAAACAAACUGCUAAAGUACUCAUGGUUUUUCUUUGAAAUUAUUGCAAAGUCUAUGGCCACAUACUUGUUGGAAGAGAAUAAAAUUAAGCUUCCCAGAGGCCAGAGGUUUCCUGAGGCAUACCAUCAUGUCUUACAUUCACUGCUUCUUGCAAUAAUUCCCCACGUGACUAUUCGCUAUGCAGAGAUUCCUGAUGAGUCCAGAAAUGUCAAUUAUAGUUUGGCUAGCUUCCUGAAGCGCUGUUUGACACUAAUGGAUAGAGGAUUUGUUUUCAAUUUGAUAAAUGACUACAUAUCUGGAUUCAGCCCCAAAGAUCCUAAGGUUCUGGCUGAAUACAAGUUUGAAUUUCUGCAAACAAUUUGCAAUCAUGAACAUUAUAUUCCUCUGAAUUUGCCAAUGGCAUUUGCAAAACCUAAACUUCAGCGAGUUCAAGAUUUUUUUUCAUUUGCGGUGGACCGUUUGACUUCAGUAGAUUCAAAUCUUGAAUACAGUCUAUCAGAUGAGUAUUGCAAGCAUCACUUCUUGGUUGGUCUACUUCUGAGGGAAACCUCCAUUGCUCUUCAAGACAAUUAUGAGAUCAGAUAUACAGCUAUCUCUGUUGUAAAGAAUCUUUUGAUAAAACAUGCAUUUGACACUAGAUACCAGCACAAGAACCAACAAGCCAAAAUAGCACAGUUGUACCUCCCAUUUGUUGGACUGCUUUUGGAAAAUAUACAGCGAUUAGCAGGUCGAGAUACUUUGUAUUCUUGUGCAGCCAUGCCUAAUUCUGCAUCGAGGGAUGAGUUUGCGUGUGGCUUCACUUCGCCUACAAGCAGAGGGAGCCUGAGCACUGACAAAGACACUGCUUAUGGGUCUUUUCAAAAUGGACAUGGAAUUAAGAGGGAAGAUUCAAGAGGUUCCCUCAUCCCAGAAGGAACAACAGGAUUUCCAGAUCAGGGCAGCACUGGUGAAAAUACCCGACAGAGUUCUACAAGGAGUAGUGUAUCCCAGUAUAACCGAUUGGAUCAAUAUGAAAUCAGAAGCCUCUUGAUGUGCUAUUUGUAUAUAGUAAAAAUGAUUUCUGAAGAUACACUGUUAACUUACUGGAAUAAAGUAUCUCCUCAGGAGCUCAUAAACAUUCUCAUACUUCUAGAAGUGUGUUUAUUUCACUUUAGAUAUAUGGGGAAAAGAAACAUAGCAAGGGUGCAUGAUGCCUGGCUGUCAAAACACUUUGGAAUAGACCGAAAAUCACAAACCAUGCCAGCUCUUCGAAACAGAUCAGGAAUAAUGCAGGCCCGGCUUCAGCAUCUUAGUAGCCUGGAAAGUUCAUUUACACUUAAUCACAGUUCGGCAACAACGGAAGCAGACAUUUUCCAUCAGGCACUUCUUGAAGGCAAUACUGCUACUGAAGUUUCCCUAACAGUACUAGACACCAUAUCGUUUUUCACCCAGUGCUUCAAGAGCCAACUGUUGAAUAAUGAUGGCCACAACCCGUUAAUGAAAAAAGUAUUUGAUAUCCAUCUUGCUUUCCUUAAAAAUGGGCAAUCUGAAGUGUCACUGAAACAUGUCUUUGCCUCACUGCGAGCUUUCAUUAGUAAGUUUCCCUCAGCCUUUUUCAAAGGAAGGGUAAACAUGUGUGCUGCAUUUUGCUAUGAGGUUUUAAAGUGCUGCACAUCGAAGAUUAGCUCCACCAGGAAUGAAGCAUCUGCACUUUUGUAUCUUCUGAUGAGAAACAACUUUGAGUAUACCAAAAGGAAAACCUUUUUGAGGACACAUCUGCAGAUAAUCAUUGCUGUAAGCCAACUGAUAGCUGACGUAGCACUAAGUGGAGGAUCAAGAUUUCAGGAGUCUUUAUUCAUUAUCAAUAACUUCGCAAAUAGUGACAGACCUAUGAAGGCAACUGCUUUUCCCACAGAAGUCAAAGACUUGACCAAGAGAAUCCGUACCGUUCUUAUGGCCACUGCUCAGAUGAAGGAGCAUGAGAAAGACCCUGAAAUGCUGAUUGAUCUCCAGUAUAGCUUGGCCAAGUCCUAUGCAAGCACCCCAGAGCUCAGGAAAACCUGGCUUGAUAGCAUGGCCAAGAUUCAUAUAAAAAAUGGAGAUUUCUCAGAGGCCGCAAUGUGUUAUGUCCAUGUGGCAGCUUUGGUUGCAGAGUUUCUUCAUCGAAAAAAAUUAUUCCCUAAUGGAUGUUCAGCCUUCAAGAAAAUUACUCCCAAUAUAGAUGAAGAAGGAGCAAUGAAAGAAGAUGCUGGAAUGAUGGAUGUCCAUUAUAGCGAAGAAGUUUUGCUGGAGUUGCUAGAACAAUGUGUGGAUGGCUUAUGGAAAGCAGAACGUUAUGAAGUAAUCUCUGAAAUUUCCAAGUUGAUCAUUCCAAUUUAUGAGAAACGUCGAGAGUUUGAGAAACUUACUCAAGUUUAUAGAACUCUUCAUGGAGCUUACACAAAAAUUCUGGAGGUUAUGCACACAAAGAAAAGGCUUUUAGGAACUUUCUUCAGAGUUGCCUUUUACGGCCAAUCUUUUUUUGAAGAAGAGGAUGGAAAGGAGUACAUCUAUAAAGAGCCAAAGCUCACCGGCCUCUCGGAGAUUUCCCUGAGACUUGUUAAACUUUAUGGUGAAAAAUUUGGUACAGAGAAUGUCAAAAUAAUUCAGGAUUCAGACAAGGUAAAUGUCAAAGAGCUUGAUCCAAAAUAUGCUCAUAUCCAAGUCACAUAUGUGAAGCCCUACUUUGAUGACAAAGAACUCACAGAAAGAAAGACUGAAUUUGAAAGAAACCAUAAUAUCAACAGAUUUGUUUUUGAGGCUCCUUAUACAUUAUCAGGCAAAAAACAAGGUUGUAUAGAAGAACAGUGCAAACGCCGUACGAUCUUGACUACUUCAAACUCAUUUCCAUAUGUGAAGAAGAGGAUCCCUAUAACCUAUGAACAGCAGAUUAAUUUAAAGCCAAUUGAUGUUGCUACUGAUGAAAUAAAAGAUAAAACUGCAGAGCUGCAAAAGCUUUGCUCUUCUGCUGACGUGGACAUGAUUCAGCUCCAACUUAAACUGCAGGGCUGCGUUUCAGUGCAGGUAAAUGCAGGUCCAUUAGCAUAUGCAAGGGCUUUCUUAAAUGACAGUCAAGCUAGCAAGUAUCCACCUAAGAAAGUAAAUGAGUUGAAAGACAUGUUUAGGAAGUUCAUCCAAGCAUGCAGCAUUGCACUGGAACUAAAUGAGCGGCUAAUUAAAGAGGAUCAGGUUGAAUACCAUGAAGGGCUUAAGUCAAAUUUCAGAGACAUGGUGAAAGAAUUAUCUGAUAUUAUUCACGAGCAGAUAUUACAAGAAGACACAAUGCAUUCUCCCUGGAUGAGCAACACAUUACAUGUAUUUUGUGCAAUUAGUGGUACGUCAAGUGACAGAGGUUAUGGUUCCCCAAGAUACGCUGCUGAAAUAUGAGGAUGUGGAGAUGUAAAGUGGCAACAAGACUGAACUUUCUCAGGAAUAUCUGGAGCUGUGCAAAUGUUAACAUUUAAAGAUUUGAUAUACAUGGAGUGUUUCUUCCUGACACCAAAUUUUCAUGCUUUCAAACAGGGUGCUUACAUAUUUGUAAAUAUUUAAGCAACUUGAAAGUGCCUGGAAAAUUGCACCACUGUGCUUGGUUUGUACUUUUUUAGGUAAAUCUAUAUACCAAGAAGUAGAGCUCAAAAACAUUCAUUCGAAUUGCUUAAUUAUUGCUUAAAAUAAAAUGGUACUAUGUAAAAUUGUAUAAUGGAACACAAUAAAAGGUAAAACUUAUUUGUAAUUAGAAGCGAAGGAAAUAAUACUUUGAACUUAGCAUUUUUCUUGACAGGAAGCUCAAUUCAUUAUACUAAUCCUUGGAGAGAAAAAAAGAUAACAUUUUCAUAAAACAUGAAUACUUCAAAUUGGGGAGAUAAUUUGAAACCUUGCCUACCAAUGAUCAAGACCGGUCUAAAGGAAACAAAAGCAUCAUUUAAAAAGGAAAAUUUCACAAAGAAAGGAUAUAUAUAUAGAAUACCAAGCUUACUGAUCCUUCAGGUUUUGAUCCAAUGAUGCUAGGUAUCCAGUCGGUCUCUCUCCAAGAUACAAGAUGAGGGAUUUGUACGUGGCAUAGGUGUGCCCAGCAAGCAGCAUGUCCUGCCCCAGGUUUAUCAUCUGAGGCGAUCCAUAAAGCUAAACAAAACAUUUCUGAGAAUUUGCAGUCAGUACAUACUAUGCAACUUCAGAGCUUUAGCGGCAGAGUCUGAGGGGUAGGCAUUUUUGUAAUUAUUAUUCUUUCCAAGGUUAACAAGCACUUUGAUAGAACUUGCUGGUUGCAGCGUUUCUUGGGUCAGUGUACAUAACCACCACAGAUUUAGCAACUGCUAGCUAAGGAUAACAUCCCUAACUAUGAAGAAACCUCAGACUACCUAAAUAAUUCAGGAGAGACCAAGAUGUGAAGAACUUUUUUUUUAAGCUUGAAUUCUCCAUAUAAUUUUAGCUGCCUUUUAUGUAAACUUUAAGUCCUAGACUUAUUUUUUGUAUAUAGUUUAGCCUAUUUUACAGACAAAAAAAAAAGAAACAAAAAAGAAAAACAGAUCCUGAAAUAUAAAUGGAGUGCACGGAGCCUUAGCUUUUUAAAUACUUUGUGAUCAAGUAAAUCUCAAGAGAUUAUGCACCUGGAGUGCCCAUUUUUCUUUACAUGUCAUUUUUAACCUUUCAGGGAAGUAUGAAGUUAUUUAUUGAAGGUUUAUUUUGUAUUUCAAUAGGGGAUUCAGAAAUUUCAGAGGUGGCUUAUAAUUCCUUAAUAUCUUGGAGUAACCUGUAGAGUUAGUUUCGUCUUUAAAGUGACUAUAUUUGGCAUGUAUGUAUAAAGAACUGUCACCUAGAGUGAACGCUGCCUUCUGAGAAUGAGGCAUCUUGGGGAAUCUUCAGUGCUCUUUUGUCAAUGACUCGUCCCUAUCAUGUCCCUCAGCACAGUAUUGUGCCCUGUGGGUAAUUUUUUUUUGAGUAUAAUAAAUGGCCCUCAACUAGACUCAAGAAACUUGCAGUCUAGUUGAGGCAAGAUAUACACAAAAUUAAAUAAUACAUGAAUUAACAAUAUAAGACAAGAAAAGUUGCCAAAUGAAUGGCACUGGCCAUAACUCUUACCACAUUCAAGGAGUGAGGGGUCACUGUGAAUUAUAAAUGUUCAGGAAUGGUUUCAUGGGCAAAAGACAGCCUUGAAUAGGCUUUCAAAGAUGAGACGGUAUUCUAGGCAGGAGAAACACCAUGAACAAAGUUGCAGAAAGAAUUAGUGGAAGUUCAAGGCUUGGUGAGGAGAUCAGUUUUGUUCAAGGGAGUAGUAGAUCACAUAUCUAGAAAGAAAAACUCGUAUCUAGAUUUUGGAAGACCUUGAAUGCCAGGCUACUAUUUAGACUUUACUCAGUAAACAUUGGGGAGCCAGUUAAGGUGUUUUGUUUUGUUUUGUUUUUUAAGGUUUUUAAACAGAUUAUUUGAUUAAAUGUUAUUUUUAGAAAUUUCAUCCUUUAUAUUGCUGUCAGUUGUAUUUGAGGUGGGGACAAAUGGAAAUACGGAAACCAGUUAGACAGUUCCUACAGGAAUUUAGUUAUGAGUCCAUAAGCCCCUUGGUGUGAGCAAGGAUGGAGAAGAAAGGAGAAUCACAAGAGAUACUACGUGAAAAGACUGGACAUGACUUAUUGAUGGCUAAGGAGAAAAAGGGAAAAGUUCAAGAUAAUUUUGUGUCCUGUGGCCAAUGAGUUCUCCAGGUCAUGGCACAAUUUUGCUAGAUUCAUUCCACCAACUUUUAGACUGAGGGCAGAAAGCUAUAGCGAACUAGUGGGCUAGACUAGAGAAAGCCAGCUAUGUGUGUUUUGAAACCUGCAUAUAUAAGGUAUUACUGUUUAUAUAGUUUAAUUAUUUCAUGAUAAAGUCCCAUCAAAGAGUACAUUUCUGCUGUACUGAUUAUUUUGCAGUUAAGCUUGAGUCCAAUUUUCCCUGGACGCUAUUCUUUUGAUAGUCUUUAAACAUAUUGUAAAAUGUGAGUAAGUCACCAUUAGUAGUGUUAGUUUAUCACUACAAUGAUAACCCAUGGAGAAAAUAAGUAGUUCCGUGCAGAUUUUCCUAGUAACUAGUUGCACCACUGGCAUCAUGUCUGUAGCUGGGAUUGUUACUAUUACCAUAUUUAUAUGACUUCACUGCCUAUAUAAAUAUUAUAAACAUCUUUUUAAAAAUGAAACCGCAGCAGUGGUAGCCACAGCCUUGGAACUUUGACCAACGUAUCAUAGAAUUACAGAUGAUUCAUUGGUUAAUUAACAAACCAAAUAGGUCAGCAUAAUAAAAACCCAAGCCUUUAAUUAUAAAUACUAGUUUAUCUGAAAUGCAGAACCUGAGCAGUGUAUUCAAAUAAUAAGAAUUUCCAAAUUCUUCAAAAUAUUAAUAAUCAGAUACAUAUUUCAGGCUUCUGAUCCACAAAAUGGUGCACUACCUUCAGUCUCAGUCUUGUUCUAACAGUGCACUACUUCAGCUAUCCAAACACAAGGGAAAGGAAUAGAAUAAAAGUUGGCUGGGGAUGGGGAGUGGGUUUGUGGAAGAAGGCUAUUCCUCAAUCCUGGGAGUUGGCUGGUUCCAGUUACAACGAAUGCUCUGUUCCUAGUCCCUAACCACACAAUGGUCACUCGAUGAAAAGUGUGUAUGUAUGUUUAUUCAACUCCUGAUUGAGAUUGUGACUAAAUUCUUCAAAGAUUUUGCCUCUGUGUAUAGCAUUUUAAAUCUUUUUGCAACAUGCUUUUUUUUCCUCUUCUGUUCUCCUCUUUGAGAUACAAUUCAUAUACUGUACAAUUCACUCACUUAAAAUGCACAGUUCAGUGGUUUUUAGCAUAGUCAGAGUUGUGCAGCCAUCACAAUUAAUUUUAGAACAUUUUCAUCACCCCAAAAGAAACCCCAUACACAUUGCAGUCACUCCCCAUUGCCCACCAAGCAGCCCCCAGCCCCUGACAAUCACUAAUCUUUCUGUAUCUAUAGAUUUGUAUUCUGGACAUUUGAUACAAAUGGAAUCACACAGUAUGUGGCCUUUUGUGACUAGCUGCUUUCAUUUAGCCUAAGGUUCAUCCAUGUUGUAGCAUGUAGCAAAAUGUUCCUUUUUAUGGCUGAAUAAUAUUCCUUUUGUAUGGAUACACAUUUUAUUUGUUCAUCAGUUGAUGGACAUUUGGGUUAUUUUCACUCCUUGGCUAUUACUGAUAAUGUUGCUAUGAGCACUCAUGUACAAGUUUUUGUGUGGAUAUGUUUUCAUUUGUCUUGGGCACACACCUAGGAGUUGAAUUACUAGGUCAUAUGGUAACUCCAUGUUUAACCUUCGGAAGAACUGCUAGACUGUUUUCCACAGAAGCUGCACCACUUUCCAGUCCCAGCAGCAGUAAAUAAGGAUCCACUUUCUCAAUAUUCUCAACAACAUUUGUUAUUAUCUGCCUCUUUGGUUAUCACCUUCCUAGUGGGUGUGAAGUGGUAUCUCACCGUGGUUUUUGUUUUCCAAAUGGCUAAUGAAGUUGAGCAUUCUUUCA